AUGCUAAACAAACGAAUAAGCAACCUAGCUACUAUACUUCGCUUCAUAGCUCUUCCAAGAGCUAGGAAUAUCAUUGCUCCUCAAGAAUAUAUUGCAAACUCAGUUCCGGUGGCUAUUACUCGCAGAGCCGCCAGAAAUACGUUUGUAUUUUCCGUUGCGCUCACGCCAUUCGUUCUUUAUUCAGCUUUCCACAACGAUUCUGCAGAGUCAGACUUUCCGGAGCUGGUAGAGGUGUAUCCGGGCGUGCGCCCGUUCCCAGCGGUAUUGGGACCACCGGAAUUGCCUCUACAGACAAACUACAAAUUGCUAGGCCAUGGUGUGCGCGCCGUUACAUUCUUAUCAUUCAAAGUUUAUGCAUUGGGCAUCUAUGCUGCUGUGGAUGAUCUUCCUUUGAUCCCCAGGACCUUAUCCGCAGAAUAUUUAUCGACUUUGGACACGGAGAAGGUAGAUGCUCCCGCCAAGGAACAGCUGUACAAGGCGAUGCAGGACCAUGAAAAGUCUCGGGCAGUUGUUAAUGACCUUUUGGGCAAAGGUCUGAGAUUGGUCGCCAAAAUUACGCCAAUAAGAAAUACCGACUUCACGCACUUGAAGGAUGGUUUAGUCAAGUCCAUACUGAACCACCCUGCAGCAAGACACGAGGGCGAGACGCUAGCUAAUGGCCUUGAAGAGCUUAGAGCUGCUUUUACGAGAAGAGGCUCUGUUCCAAAGGACGAUGACUUGGUGCUUGAGCUGCAGGCUACAGGUGCGCUUCAGUUGUACCACCGUGAUGCCAAAACAGGUCAGACCACUACGUUGGGGAAGGUUACGGAGCCACUAAUUGGCCGUUAUUUAUUUAGCCAGUACCUAAGUGGGAAGGCGCCUUUGAGCAAGGAUACCAAGGAUUCUGUUACGAGAAAGAUCAUCAGUAUGGUAUGA